UCUCAUGACACAAACCUUAUAUGGCUCUUGCACAACUGUAAAACCCACAAAGGUGGGUCUGUAUUUGUGUUGGGGAGUAAAUUAAAGCUAAGCUCCUGCAAUUUUUGACCAACUAUGAUUCAAUCAGCCCAGCUCUUGUGUAGAAAGAAAUUUAGACAGUGUAAUGCUGUGUGACGUUUUCUGUUUUCACUUUUCUCACGUGCUUCCUUGACUCAUUCCAGAUGUGUUUGGAUAAAAAAAAAAAAAAAAGAUCUGCAAAUGUCAUAAGUCCAACCAUGAGCGGUUUAGAUCAGAGACCAAGACUACUGCAGAAGUGAACAGAAUUAGCAGACGAGCAGGUUACUCUUCAGAGGAAGAAGACAGAACUUUAUAGUUCAUAGUUAGGGAGAUCUUCAGAAGCGGGAAUGUUUCUGGAGUCAUGUCUGGUACUGCUACUGUUUAACUAUGUGGAAGCCAAUUUUACUACCAAAUGGCAAAGAGUGCCAUUCUUCCCAACUGCUCAUCGCGUUCGGCGUUCCUCUGCUGAGUUACUGAAUCCUGUACUACAAUCGUCUCUCAAAGAGGUGGAGCUGCUGUAUGAGUUUCUGUUAUCUGGAGUGAAAAUUGACCAGGAAAACAGACUGACCCUGCAGGACCCUGAGCUUUCAUCCCUGAGUAAAGCUACCAUCUUUGAUGUUGUUUGCAAUGAUGUGAUACCUAAGUCCAUCGGUGAAAUUCGGAGGCUAGGAGACAUGUUAUCCCAUGUUCCAGGACCACUAAGGAAUGAAGAUUUUGAGAGGACACUGUUGACAAUGGCAUAUUCAGCCUACAAAACAUCCAACUCUGAGAGUAUCCAUCAACAGAAAGUCUGGAUUGAUUCAUUAAUUGAGCUUUUUAAGGCACUAAGGAGAGAUUUGAUGUUUCCAUACAAUAAACAAAGCCGUCACUGACAAAAAAGCCACGACUAUUUUGCAUGCUGUGAUAUUACUGCAAAUUUAUAUUUAUUUGAGAUAAAGCAAUACCAAAACAUGGAUUUUACAUAACAUUAUGAACCAGCUGUUGGUUUAUUUAUAUAUAUAUCAGGUAUUAGCCAAUAAGAAGAAUAUAGUGGAAUAUUGUCAAGCUGGAGCAAAGAGUCAUUUAUGUUUAGAGAGAUCUUUAACCUGUGAGUGAAUAUGAGAUUAACAUGUAAAGAAAUAUGAAGCCCAUGGGUAUUAGGCACAUGUCUAGAACCUAAUCCUUUGAAUAGAUAGUAAAGAGCCUUUAACUCAGCCCCUAAGCAAUUAUCUGUUGAUUGACCCUCUGGUUAGCGCAUGGUCAUUGUGAAAUUAUUACUUUAGACAACAAGUAGACAGAAACCAGGUAUUGUGUGUGAGUGCGGAGUCUGAAGAUGUGUCUCAGUUAAAAAUAAAUAUAUGUCUUUGCAUCCAGUUACUUAAGAAUGGAAAAUCUCCACAUGACCCUACGGUUAGCACAUGGUCACAGUUACAUCUCUUAACCCAUUAUACACCAGAUAUAAAGUAAUAGAGGAGGAGGGAGAUACAUUUUUGUCUCUUUUCUGGCAAAAACAAAAUACAUUUGUUCAUGAGAACCACAAUGAGAAAAAGAAGAUACUCCUCUUUUAAAUUAGGGCUCACGUCACCCUAUACUUGCCAAAUGGUUUAUAGCAGUGUUUUUCAACCAGUGUGCCGUGAGAGAUCCUCAGGUGUGCCACGGCAGACUGACAACAGUGUGACAUAUUUUUUAAACUUUGCUUGUUUUUUACUCCCAAUGCAGGGGUAGUUUGUAGGAGGCAUGGCAUAACAGCACAAUACAUACAGUAUGUGUGUAUGUGUGUGUAUGUGUAUAUAUAUGCUGUAUUAGGCUACAAUGUGUGAUUUUUUUUUAAAUUUUGGGAUGGUGGUGUGCCACAGGAUUUUUCAAUGUAAAAAAGUGUGCCAUGGCAAAAAAAAAGGUUAAAAAUAACUGGUUUAUAGAAAAUGGUUAACAGUAGGUCAUCAAUACACUUAAAAAACACUGCUUCUACUAAAAGUAAAGCAAUUCACAAUGAGAUCUCACAUUUUAAAGAGUCUGUGUUCUUUAAAUUAGCAAUAGCAUGACCCUCUAAAUAUAAUAUGGUAAAAAAAGGAUCUUGCUCAAAACUAUGAUUGAAUUGUGGGGGGGGGGGGGGGGUUUGCCAUCAUUGUUAUUAUUAUGUAUGGGACACUUUUUUUGUCCCCUAAUUGGAAAAAAAAUGAUGGGUGUCAAUGGAGCCGCAAAAUAUUCAUCAUGCAUUAAAAAUAUAUUUUAACCCUUCAAAAAAGUUUCUUCUUCACUAAAGUUUAAAAGGCACAUAUGUAUCUUGAAAUCUACACCCUCUCAUCUUGGCAAACUAUGGACAAUUGUGUCAGUCAAAAUCUGUACAAGGAUUAUUAAUUUAAUUGCAGAUAUUGCUAGUCGAGAAUACAAAGAAAAAUAUAUUUAUAUUAUGAGUAUUCCUCAGUAUAGAUACUUAAAGUGAAAGUAAAUCCUAGCGUUUUUCAAACGCUAGGAUUUACUAUUGAAACAAAUAAAGGGCACUUUCAUUCAUGAAGUAUUUGAUUCAAUCUAUCGCCGUUUUUAGCUGCUUUGGCAGCCCACGGCUAAAAUAUUUUUUGGCUAAGAGAUGACGUUUUCACCUCUUAGCCAAUAGCUGUGUGGUAAAACCCAGCUUGGCGCACAUGGGAGCCGGAUUUACCGCACGGCUAUUGGCUAAGAGGUGAAAACGUCAGCUCUUAGCCAAAACAUUUUUUAGCCAUGCUUUGCUGUAGGAGCUAAGAGCGGCGAUCAAUUGAUUCAAAUAAAGGAGCUUUCUACAUGAAGUAUCUUAUACUUCAUGAAUGAAAGUGCCCUUUAUUUGUUUCAAUAGCAAAUCCUAGCGUUUGUAAAACGCUAGGAUUUACUUUAACUUUAAGUAGCCUCGGAGUGGCUAUUAAGAAUGUUUUAUAUUAUAUGGUGCACACAAUUUAACAAAUCGUGCCCAUGAUUUACUAAAACUUGCACAUUUUUUCUUUAAUUUGUUUUAUUAAUUACUAUUAGUAAUGUUAGCAAAUUGUGUGAAUCUAAUAGGGAUGAUCCUAAUAUCGUCUUAAUUAAUGGUGUAUCAGUUCUUUCUAUUUAAUCAUUGUCAAAAAACGUAUUCUUGGUGCAAAAGUAAUUUUCUACUUUAAAAUAUACAUUAAAUCCAAUUUUACAAAACCUAAAAACAA